AUGGGAAGACGAAGGUGUGGCUUGAGUAUUGGAAUGAAAAUGGAAUUGAGAAAUGUGGUGAAGGACAAGAAAUUCUGGAUGGCAUCUUUCCUUAUUGCCUGGGCCGCUGCUCUUCAGGGUCACAUGAUGUGGUUACAGCGCCAGGAUUCCUUCAAACAUAAAUUCGGUAACCCCGACGACCAUCCUCAUAACUCAAACUGAUUCAUCACUCCCCUCCCUUGUAUUCUAUUUCUAAUUCUCCAUCCUUUAAUUUAAUAUAUGUUAAUGCACAUCCUCAUCUAUCUUGUGUUGUGGUGCGUAUGAAUUAUGAUAAUAUACCAUGUUGUCACUGUUCCAUUAUUUGCCUUUUCUCCUCGA